CCUCCUCUCUUCUCCCACUCCCAGAUUUGGUUCAGGAACCGGAGGUUCAAAAUGAGGAAGCAGCAGCAACAAAAGCAGCAGCAAUCACUCAAGCCACCAAACCAGACCCUUCCAGCCAAGAAGACACCCACAGCAUCAACUAGUCCUCAUUCUUUUUUCCCUGAAGUUUCAGAUUCCUCUAUCUUCCUAUCAACUCGGCCCUUGGGCCCUUUCCAGUGUGCAGGGAAUUCUACCAUCACUGAGAGUCCUACAAGCGAUGUCCAAAUGCAAGAUCCUCAAUUGGAGAGACUAGUGGCUUCAGUUCCUGCUUUAUACUCUGAUGCCUAUGACAUAGACCAAAUCAUGAAACUGUACAGUUUUCCUGAUGACAAUGAGCUAGACAGUUCUUCAUUCCACUCUCUAUAUCAGUAUCUUUCACCAAUAAGGCCCAGUUAGAACAGAGUUCCUCUUAGAAUCUUUGCUGGAUCAGGUGUAGCUUUAUCUCCUGAGCAAACCUGGUUCAGUAUGACAAGCUGGAGCUUUGCAACCCAUAGUCUAAGAGACAGCCUGGAAUUCCAAAAGUCCUCCAGUGUGGUAUACAUUUCAAUUUCUCUGAUCAAAGCACUAACAAAUUCCAGACAGUAUAGAAAAGGAUCUUCUUGCAUCUUGUAUAUGCCUCUUUCCUUUGUCUUAACCCAAAUAUCUGGCUUAGUGUUACCUGGAUUUCUAUGCAAAUGUAAAAGCUAUUUUCUCCCAAGUGUAGCUCAGUACUACAUAAUUAGCCCCACAAUUCUCCCUAGAGAAGGCCUUUCUAGUCCCUUAGAUGGCCAAUGAGACUCCAAAAUUCUCUCUUCUCAAAACUAUCUUUGACAUUUUAAAAGAAGGUCGGCAGCCUUUAGGGAUCAUCCUUACUUUUUUUUUCUUUUUGGCCACACCCACGGCAUGUGGAAUUUGCCCAGCCAGAGAUUGAACCUGAAUCACAGCAGUGACAAAGUCUGAUCAUUAACUACUAGACCACCAGA